AUGGGGCUUAGCAAAGCCGCCUUUCUCUUUCUUUCCUUGCUCAGCUCAGUGAAAGGAGAUAUACUGGAUGACUAUUUAAGAACAGAUGGUGUUUGGAUACUUACUCGAAAUAAGCAGUUUUACAAGACAAAUAAUGAAAAAGAAUGUGCAGAGAAAUGUGAAGCAGAAAGAAAUUUUAAUUGCAGGGCCUUCGUAUUCACCAGGAAAAAGCUACAGUGUUUAACACUGGCUGAAAAUGCCAAAAUGACAGUGACGUUCAACAGCAUGGAUGCAGUUCUUUAUGAGAAGAAAAUUUAUCUUCUACAGUGUAAAAAAGGGAGUGGGAAGGACUACAGAGGAACUGAAGCCAAAACUUGGAGGGGUAUUCCAUGCCAGAAGUGGGCAGAAAACACACCUCACAACCCAAAUUAUACACCUGAGAAACACCCCAAUGCAGGACUAGAGCAGAACUACUGCAGAAAUCCUGAUAAUGAUCAAAAUGGACCCUGGUGUUACACAACAGACCCUGCUACCAGAUAUGAUUACUGCAACAUCCCGGAGUGUGAGGGCCAGGUCGUGCACACUGGAGAAGGCCCUACAUUGGAGUGCAUGCACUGUAAUGGUGAAGAAUAUCAUGGAGAAGUUUCCAGAACAGAGUCUGGGCUUAAGUGCCAGAACUGGGAUGCCCAAGAGCCUCAUAUGCAUGGAUUUACCUUGAAACACUUUCCAGGGAAGGAUCUGAAGAAGAAUUAUUGCCGUAAUCCUGACGGCGAAGUUCGGCCCUGGUGUUUCACUACCAGCCCUUCCAAACGCUGGGAAUAUUGUAACAUUCCUCGUUGCACUACACACCCACCAGUUUCUGGCCUGGGUUCCCAGUGUCUUUCAGGGAAAGGAGAAGACUAUCGAGGCACGAUAGCCAUCACCGAAUCGGGGAAUGCCUGCCAGCACUGGAACACACAGUUUCCUCACAGACAUGGCUGGAUUCCUGACAGAUAUCCCUGCAAGGGCUUAGAGGAAAACUACUGUAGAAAUCCUGAUGGAGAGAAGAGGCCUUGGUGCUACACCGUCAACAGCAACGUUCGAUGGGAAUAUUGUGCAAUUCCCCACUGUGGUGGCACAGAACAAGGGAUUGCUGAUGCGCCUGUGCAGGUUCCCCUGUCAGAGGAGUGCUACCAAGGCAAAGGCCAGAGUUAUCGUGGCACAGCUUCCAUCACUGUAUCAGGAAAGAAAUGCCAGGCCUGGAACUCCAUGUUCCCACACAGGCAUGAAAAAACCCCGGACAGAUUCCCAAAUGCGGAUUUGAGGGACAACUAUUGUAGAAACCCAGAUGGUGAUAACAGCCCAUGGUGUUUCACCACUGACCCCAGCAUGACAUGGGAGUACUGCAAUCUCAGGAGGUGUGAUGAUCACACACAAGACCCCACACCUAAUGACGCUUCUGCAACAAUGGCACAGAAUGUUGGGCUGAUUACACCCACCACAUCUGACUGCAUUAACGGUAAUGGUAAAGACUAUCGUGGCACAGUAGCAAAAACUGGAAGGGGCAGGAUUUGUCAAGAGUGGAGUUCUCAGAAACCUCAUAGCCACAAGUAUUUCACUCCUGUGACUCAUCCAAGGGCAGGACUGGAUAAAAAU